UGCAACACUCACACACCAAACCUUCAGCACCUGGCAGGCUCACCAUGCUCAGAUCACACACGUUCUGCAUGAUGCUCCUCAUCUCUCUCUUCAGCUCAGGGGAGAGCCGGCCUCACACGGCCCAAGAAGGCGCACCUGAUGCGGGAGGAACGGACAGUCAGAGGGUCCUGCUGUUGGAGGCGGUGAAGACGGGGAUCCUGGGCUCACUGGGUAUGGACAGGGAGCCUCGUCCAGCCAAAAAGGCCUCGGAGCAAGAGUUGAGGAAGAUGUAUCGGCUCUACAGGGAAAAACUUAGAGAGAUUAGAGGAAAUUCAAGCCAGCCGAUGAGGGAAACCUGGCAAUCCACCAUGUCCACUGUGCUCUUUCCAGCCACAGUGGUACCAGUGAAAGUGCCUCGGAGGGCGGAACACCCACAGUCAGAUCAACAUAUGCAGUGGCACAGAGCUGUUUUCAAUAAGAACCCCAACAUCCAGACUGAACUGACACUAGCGCGGGCUGAACUGAAGAUUUCCAGGCAGAUCUUAAACAAGCCCACAUCAGUUCAGCCUGAAGUAAGUCAAGAGAUUCAAGUUAAAGUCAGUGGGAUGAGGCUGGUGAACUCUGUUGCUUGGACACACAUAGACUCUCUUGUCCACGCCAAUGUCUCAAGCACUCAAGAUGUGAUGUUGGACAUCAGUCCUGAGGUGGAAAAGUGGAUGAGGGCUAAUGAUGAGUCACUGGCUGUGGAUGUGGGAAUGGUUGUGGGUGAAAGAGAUGCCCUGAAGGCAAAGCCAACCAUUUAUCUGAAGUUAGGCCUCACACAGCCCAAACCAGCACGGAGCAGGAGGCAGCCUCGCUCCAACAAGAAGGAGGAUGACUGUGAUGAACGAGGAUGGUGCUGCCGCAAGUCUAUCACUGUGUCCUUCAAAGACAUCGGCUGGACAGAUUGGGUGGUGGCCCCAGUUGAAUACACAAUGCAUUAUUGCGAAGGCACCUGCCCCCACAACUACAAGCCAGCCAGCAUGCACACCCAGGUCAAGUCUCGGCUGCACCAGCUUACCAGAGGUGAGACACCUCGCCCCUGCUGUGUGCCGGCAGCCUACGAGCCCAUGGUUCUCAUGCACUAUGACAGCAGAGAAAAUUUGAGGUUGACACCUUUUAACGACUUGAUCGUCAGUAAAUGUCACUGUGCUUGA